AUGGCGGCGGUCGUGCUCGACACGUCCGACGCGAUUUCCACCGCGCCGCCCGUCCAAGUGCAAGUGAUCAGCCAAUGGGAGACGGCGCUUCAGAGCAUGGUGGAGGAGAAGGUCCGCUCGUGGUACAAGCUGGCCAAUCAGGGCAUUUUCACGCGCCGCCGCACAAAAGGCGGGAAAAAGCACCACCACCACGACGCGCCGCCCCUGAAGCAGCAGCAGCGAGCGGUUCACCGCGAUGCGGGGGAGCAUCACUCCGUUAAGCACGGGGAGCAUCAGCAUCACUCGGUUAAGCACCACAAGAAGCACCACCGAGGAGCGGAAAACGCGGCGGCUCCGGCGCAUGCGGUGGACGUGCGCGUGGAGUGCGAGGAGGUCGCUGCGGAAACCACGCCGCUGCUUACGGCGAGCCGGACGCAGCAGCUGGAGCAGAAGCUCCUUAAGGGGGAGCGGGUCCGCGCUGUCUGGGGCAUCGUGACGGUGGGCAUUCUCGUGGCGCCGGCGUGCGCGUGCGCGCUCUUCGCGCUGCUCUUCCCCGCCCUCCUGCCCUCCUGCCUCGCCAUAUGGGCCAUCGUCGAGGUGGUAUUUGUCGCGAUUCGCUACCAGGAGCUGCGCCGCGCCAGCGACCACCGCCCGGAGCUCCCGCUACCCUCUCUCGGGAGCGUCUCGGACCUGCUCGGCCGCAUCUUGAAGCUCAAGGGCAUUGUCGAUGCUCGUUAUUUCUUCGAGGGCUGGUUCCACAACACGCCUCUCGAGCGCCUCACCCGCGAGCACAUCAAGCAGUUCAUCUCGUUCGGGUUCUUCUAUCGCUCGUUCGAGCAGCUGUCGCCCGAAUACCAGGAAGCAGUUGAAGCGCACAUGCACUCCAUCGCGCAGGUCUGGGACCUCCCAAUGCUCCGCCGCUCUUCCGCCUCCGCCCUCUCCCCUUCCGCGGACGAGCAGCAGGCGGAGCCAUCCGCGGAACCAGCAGGCGCAGAGGCAGCAGCAGGGGCAGCAGGAACAGGCGGAGCAGAAGCAGGUGGAGAUGAGAACAAAGAAGCAGGAGAAGACCCGGAAUCGGGGGCGGUAUCCUGGGCGGCAGCAGCAGCGGCAGGAGCGGCAGUGACAGCAGCAACAACAGUCGCAGCAGCAGCGGCGGUGGGGGAAACAGCAGCGGUCGAGGUGCUGGGGGAAAUGGCGGAGGCUGUGGUGGGCGGAGAGGGGGACUGCGGAGAGGGGGGAGAGGCUAAGAAUGGGGGGAUGUGGCGGAACGGCGAGGAGGGGAUUGGGUUUAUGGCGCACACACAGGAGCCGAUCAGGGCGGUGGUGCAUCCCUUGUUCGUCUAUGCGUGGGGACACAUGGUGAGUAGUGCUGGGGGAAUAGAAGCAACACAUCAGGCUGUAGGGGGUGAACACACAGGAACCGAUCAGGGCGGUGGUGCAUCCGCUGUGUGUGUACGCGUGGGGGCACAUGGUGGCUUGGCUGACCAGGCUGUGCCUCGCUCUGCUGGGGUUCCGCAGGUAUGUCUCCCCAUCCGGCCUCCACUACUAUCACCGACCGGGGUGGAAGGAGCAGAAGGGAAACAAGACACUUGGGCACGUCUCUUCCUCCAGCCUCCAUGUGUGUUUGGCCCCUCCAUGUGUGUUUGGCCCCUCCAUGUGUGUUUGGCCCCUCCAUGUGUGUUUGGCCCCUCCAUGUGUGUUUGGCCCCUCCAUGUGUGUUUGGCCCCUCCAUGUGUGUUUGGCCCCUCCAUGUGUGUUUGGCCCCUCCAUGUGUGUUUGGCCCCUCCAUGUGUGUUUGGCCCCUCCAUGUGUGUUUGGCCCCUCCAUGCACGUCUCUUCCUCCAGCCUCCAUGUGUGUUUGGCCCCCUACAGCAAAGACACGUCUCUUCCUCAGGCCUGCAUUACUUUCACCGACCGGGGUGGAAGGAGCAGAAGGGAAACAAGGCGCACAAGGCAGAGGCGGAGGCGGAGAGCGGUGCAGAUGGGUACGACGCGGUGGUGUUCAUCCACGGGCUGGGCAUCGGCCUCACGCCCUACCUCGCCUUCAUUCACAUGCUGCUCGCCGCGUUUGGGAACAAGCCAUUCAUCGUGGUCGAGCUGCCCCACCUCGCCUGCCAGCUCACGUCUGCGUCGCCCACCAUCGAGGAAGUGUCUGCUGCAUUGGUCGAGACGCUGUGCAAGCACGGGUACAAGCGCGUGGCGUAUGUCGGUCACUCGUACAGCACCUUCAUUGCUGCCACUCUCCUGCGCCGCCAUCGGUCAAUGAUAGCAGCAAUGAGCAUCAUCGACCCUGUCUGCCUGCUGCUCUGCCUGCCGAAAGUGCUGCACACGUUUGUCUACAGCCUCCCCGGCGGAGACCACUUGGCUGCAUGGAUAGGCGAGGCGGUGCGCUGGGUGCUGUGCUCGCGGGAGCUGCAGGUAGCUCGAAGCAUCUGCCGCGGCUUCUCAUGGCAGGAGUACCUGGUGUGGGGCGAUGAGCUGCCGCCUGCCUCUCUGGUGAUGCUGGCAGGGGACGACCAGCUGGUGCCAUCGCCACAGGUGCAGAGCCACCUGGCACGCCACAAUGUGAAUGUGAUUUACAACGAUGGGUUCCAGCAUGCAGAGUUCCUCACAAGGCCCGAUGUUCAGCACAAAUUCGUUAUGGCGUUUGCAGCUACAUGCGCCAAGGUCAGCCACAAGCACGCGAACUAA